AUGUCGAACCGUUCUGAUGAUUCGCUAGAUUCGCUUUUUAAUUACGAGCCGAGCAAUGCAGACGCCGAGGCGAGAGGUGUAUCAGGAUCCUCCGAAGCGUCUAUCUCGCUGAGCCCUUCCAACCGUUCACCCGAAAGCAACGAGGCGUCGAAUCGUUCAAAUCCAUCAGACGCUCGCUCUCCAGAUGACGAGCCGUCGGUUUCGACGAGCCGCCCUCAGGGUCCCGCUCUCGACAAAGAUGUUAAUCAUGCCGCAGUGAAAGCCGAGGAGGAAGCUUUUCCCUUUGAUUUGUUCGAGGCAAAGUGUGAAUUAGAACGUGUCAUGGCGUCCCGAGGCGCUUCUUCAUCUGGGCGAGGGAAACGAGUGAAAAGACAAAAACCUGACCCGCCCGGUUCUACGCUCUCCUCCCCUGACUCACUCGAGGCGUUGAGAUGUCGUUUCAGGAUAUCCGAGGCGGUAGAAUUUGUCCUUCUAGAGAAGAAUGACCGAGCCGACAAACCUCCUGAGAAUCACUUUACUCUGUACGAGGCGUUCUAUGAGCUUUGUUUUCUCUGGUUCCCGAUCCCCGGAGUUAUCCUUGAGUACCUCUGGAAACAUGGGAUCUCAAUCGGGCAGAUCAUGCUGAGGGGUCUGCGGCACAUGAUCGGCAUUUUGGUUCAAAGCUUUGAAUGCGGGCUCGAUAUUGAACUGAAUCACCUGCUAAACUUGCUGGAAAUCAGGAAAGCUCCGAAGGGAGAUAGAUUCUAUAUUUCCAACAAGCCCAACCGCCGGAUUAUAGGUGGCUUUCCAAGCAAGGAUCAGUUCUGCACCGAGCGCUUUUUCUAUGUCUUUGUGAACGAGGCGUCAGUUGGCGAGGACUACGUUCACAAAACCAAGACCGCUUGGGGAACACUUGAUCGGAAGCUUUGCCUCGGCUCGGAACUAUUUAUCGUAUUUCGGAACAUUCUUCCUCCAAUUCCCGACGACCUCUUUGUUGUUCGAGAUUCUCUUGCGGCUCGGAAAGUUAAUUGGAGGAAGCAUUUUACAUUUGAGAGAGUGGAAACGGCGCGAGCUAUUCUUGCCGGCGUUCCUGUCAGCUCUUCAUCUUCCAAUUCCUCAAGAGACACAAGAGAGAAAAUGGUGAUCAUUACACUUAGAGAUAAGAAGAGUUGCGAAGAAGAAGAGGCCGUGAGACGAGCCGCUGAGGCGGCUCGAACGGAGGCCGAGGCUGAAGUGGCGCCCGAGGUGGAACCGGGUGAAAUUACUCCCAAGGCGCCCAAAGACGACUCCGCGGCGCGGAGUAAAACUCCUUCCAACUCUGCCAUUUUGGCUCUUCCGAAGUCGUCGAGGCCCCCGGCUUCGCAGCUUCAGAAGCAUGAUUCUAGCCGAAAACAUUCGGCUGCUGAUAAGGGGAAAUGCGUGGCUAUCCAAAAGGACGAGCCGGCAAAAAAGAAGCGCAAGCAGGCUCCCGGUGACCCCGCUGCACGCAAACUGGUCGUCGACGAUGAUAACACCGUGUUUUAA